CCAGAUUACCCAGAGGCUGAGCAGGAUGGUGACACAGGACGCCCUGGAGCACGUCCUGGACCAGAGGCUGAGCGGGAUGGUGACGAUGGAUGCCCUGGACCAGAGGCUGAGCGGGAUGGUGACACAGGAUGCCCUGGGGCACGCCCUGGACCAGAGGCUGAGCGGGAUGGUGACACAGGAUGCCCUGGACCAGAGGCUGAGCGGGAUGGUGACACAGGAUGCCCUGGACCAGAGCCUGACCCCGGUGCACAAGCAGCUUGCGGCUCUCGCGCGCGCCACAGGCGCGAAUGCCGAGUCUCUGGCUCGCGCGAGCUUUGGGUUUGA